UUUACUCUACGGAAAGAAAAUCUGGAAAUGUUUGAAGCAGUUGGUUUCUUAGCUAUGAAACUUGGUGUGUUUCCUUCAGAUUUCAGUUAUGCAGGCCUUAAAGACAAGAAAGCUGUCACCUAUCAAGCAAUGGUUGUUAGAAAAGUGACUCCAGAGAGGUUGAAAAAUAUUGAACAAGAAAUUGAAAAGAAAAGAAUGAAUGUGUUUAAUAUUAGAUCUGUAGAUGAUUCCCUUAGACUUGGUCAGCUCAAAGGAAAUCACUUUGAUAUUAUCAUCAGAAAUUUAAAAAACCAAAUAAAUGACUCUGCAAACCUGAAAGACAGAGUUUUGGAGGCAAUAGAAAAUGUUAAGAAUAAAGGGUUUGUAAAUUAUUACGGACCACAGAGAUUUGGGAUGGGAAGGAAAGUCCACACCGACCAGGUUGGAUUGGCUUUGCUGAAGAGUGAAAUGGUGGAGGCUGUAAAAUUGUUUCUUACACCAGAAGAUCUGGAUGAUCCUGUAAAUAGAGCAAAGAAAUAUUUUCUUCAAACUGAGGAUGCGAAAGGCACUCUUUCAUUGAUGCCUGAAUUCAAAGUCCGAGAGAGAGCAUUGUUGGAGUCCUUGCAUCGCUUUGGCAUGACGGAGGAGGGUUGUAUCCAAGCGUGGUUCUCUUUUCCUCAUUCUAUGCGCAUAUUCUACAUUCAUGCAUAUAGUAGUAAAAUUUGGAACGAGGCAGUAUCCUACAGACUUGCAACGUAUGGGUCGCGAGUAGUCGAGGGCGAUUUGGUCUGUUUGGGUGAAGAUGUUGACGAUGAACAUUUCUCAAAUAGUAAAGUUCAUCUAGUAACUGAAGAAGAGGAAUCAGCCAACACAUAUGCAAUACAUCAGGUGGUUCUUCCAGUGCUUGGCUACAACAUUCAAUACCCAAAAAACAAAGUAGGGCAGUGGUACCAGGAAAUACUUAGCAGAGAUGGACUACAGACAUGUAGGUUUAGAUUACCUACUCUAAAACUGAAUGUUCCAGGAUGCUACAGACAGAUACUGAAAUGUCCCCACAAUGUCUCAUACCAACUAAUGGAAGAACAUGAUACUGAUGACAAAAUGGAAGGUUCCCACAUUGAUGAAACAACUUUAUCUCUUUUGAUCUCUUUUGAUCUUGAUGCUUCAUGUUAUGCUACAGUCUGUCUGAGGGAGAUAAUGAAGCAUGACUUUUAGAACCAUUACCCUUGAUCUAAUCAUACAUGUCAUUCUUUAAAAGAGAGGGAGCUAAAUCUUCUUGAGCAUCUACAUUUGCCAGGAGCUUUAUAAUUGUUAUCUCCUGUAAUUACAACAAAACGUCCGAGGAAGCUGGAAUUUGAUGCUGUGGUUCCAGAGGACAUAGAGCCAGUAAGUGGCAGGGUCUGAAUUUAAGACACCAAAGCCUAUGGUCUUUCUAUGAUCUAAUGUUUCAGCAGUCUUUAUUCUGUGCUAUAAAAUAUAUAGUCUUUCUGGACUAUUCAGAGGAUACAAUACUUACAUUUUCUUAACAUGUAAGAAAAACAUGUUUGGAGUAAUGUUGCUGUCCUCUAGCUCUUUGCUUAGAAUGUAUAUGAAACAAGGUUGUAAUGAAAGCAUAUGGUUGGAGAGAAAGUUUAUGUUAAUGAAACAUUUUGUUAAUUAUUAUUGUCUUUCUCCACUUUUUGAAAUUAUUGAUCAGACUAAUACAUUAGGGAACUAUAAUCCUUCUAUUUAUGGUAGCUAUCCCAGGGUAGUUUACCCCUUUAUGAGAUGAAUAGUCUUCAGUGAAGACUGAAAUAUAAUUUUUCAUACAAUUUCCUUAU